GUCGUAGUGAGAGGGCGCUGGCGCUUCGUCUUAAUCUUUUACCUUUUGGUUCGAAUCUGGAUCUUCCCGUGCUUCGGUUUGUGUGUUUUGGUUCUGGUACUGCUAACCGUUUGUGACCUUGAAUUUUACGCAGAUAAACGCUUUGUUGAACGCUGUUCGUGUAUUCAAGAGUAGUUUUUCUGCUAUAAUUGUGAUAAAGUGGUAGCAGUGCUUGAUCGCGAUGCUGUCGACAAUUGGAAGCUAUAUUUGGGGCAGCUCUGAAGCCGAAAGUCCAGUGACGGAAGUUACAUUUACGAUCAAUGGGAAAAGCUAUACCGCGAACCCUAAAACGGUCCCCGUCGGUACUUCGCUCAAUAGCUUCAUCCGCAACCAUGCGCACCUGACCGGCACGAAGUUCAUGUGUCUCGAGGGAGGCUGUGGUGCGUGCAUCGUGAACCUGACCGGUGUCCAUGCGGUCACGAAGGAGAAGAAAACAUGGGCAGCCAAUUCGUGUCUGUUUCCGGUGUACGCCUGCCAUGGGCUGGACGUACUGACGGUCGAAGGUAUCGGCAACAAGAAGGAUGGCUACCAUCCGAUUCAGCAACGGUUGGCUCAUUUCAACGGAACGCAGUGCGGUUACUGUUCUCCCGGGAUGGUGAUGAAUUUUUACAGUCUGCUCGAGGCCAACCAUGGUGCGGUUUCGAUGGAGGACGUCGAGAAUGCGUUCGGUGGUAACAUCUGUCGCUGCACCGGUUACCGACCGAUUCUGGACGCGUUCAAAUCAUUGGCGGUGGAUGCAGAUGAGCGACUGCUCGACGCUUGCCAGGACAUCGAGGAGCUACCGGCGAAGACUUGUCCGAAGUCAGGCGGUCCUUGUAGUGGCAAGUGUCCAUCGGCGACGACGGCGACUGCCGCGAAGCUCCCGGUACGAAUGCUUUUCGACGGUGAACAGGAAUGGCACAAGGUGUCCCAAGUGAGCGACAUUUUUGCGAUCUUUGAAACGAUCGGCAACAAACCUUACAUGCUGGUAGCCGGGAAUACAGCUCAUGGUGUGUAUCGCCGUAGCAACACGCUGCAGGUGUUUAUCGACAUUAAUUCCGUGGAGGAACUGCAUUCCCACAAGCAGGACGCCAAUUCGCUCGUCGUCGGAGCCAAUGUUUCGUUGACCGAGUUUAUGCAACUUCUCGAUACGGCCUCCAACACGAAUCCCAGCUUUUCGUACUGCAAGGAGCUCGAGAAGCACAUCGAUCUGAUCGCGAAUGUACCAGUUCGAAGCGCUGGCACGAUUGCCGGUAAUCUGAGCAUCAAGAAUCAGCACCACGAGUUCCCGUCCGAUUUGUAUCUAAUGCUGGAGGCCGCUGGGGCUCAGCUGACGAUCGUUGAAGCAGGUGGCAAAAGCACAACCGUUUCGCCGGCUGACUUUGUGCGGAUGGAUAUGCAGAAGAAGGUCCUCCAGUCGGUCACUCUCCGCGCGCUCGAUGCGAAUCAGUAUGUCUACCGGUCGUUCAAGAUUAUGCCACGGUCACAAAAUGCACACGCCUACGUUAAUGGUGCCUUUCUUGCCAAGAUGGCCGAGGACAAGGUGACUGUCGAAUCGAUAAGCAUUUGCUUCGGUGGAAUCAAUCCCGAGUUCACGCAUGCCACCGGAACGGAAGCGUUGUUGGCUGGUAGGAAUCUGUUCGAUGCACAGACAAUUCAAGCAGCCAUGGCACAGCUGGGCUCGGAACUGAACCCAGACUGGGUACUACCGGAUGCGUCCAGCGAGUACCGCAUGAACCUGGCUAUGGCACUGUUCUACAAGUUCCUGCUGGCCGUUGCACCCGAGGGAACCGUUCUGGUUAAACCAUCGUACCGUUCCGGAGGCUUGGUACUCGAACGCCCGCUUUCAUCCGGUCUGCAGACGUUCGAUACGUACGAGCGCAAUUGGCCACUGACGAAGAACAUUCCCAAGAUCGAAGCCCUGGCACAGACGUCCGGUGAGGCCAAGUUUGUAAACGAUCUUCCACCGCUGCCGGGUGAACUGUACGCUGCGUUCGUGGUUGCUACGCGGCCGCACAUGCGCAUCGGUAAAAUUGAUGCCACCGAUGCCCUGAAAUACCCUGGCGUGGUUGCUUUCUACUCGGCCAAGGACAUUCCCGGGACGAACAACUUUAUGCCCGCGAACCUCGGCAAUCAGGAGGUGGAAGAGAUCUUCUGCAGCGGUGAGGUGCUGUUCCAUGGCCAACCGGUCGGUGUGAUCGUGGCCGAUACGCUCGAGAAAGCGAACCAUGCGGCCACACUCGUGAACAUCGUCUACGAGAAGCUCAGCCCGAAACCAAUCUUCCCAACGCUCAAAUCCUUGGUGGAAAAUCAAUCAAAGGCACGCAUCUUCGAUGAACCAUCGGCCACCAAGCGUGGCUCGGGAUAUCGAAUGAAUGUGACAGCAGCAAAAAAAGUCUCAGGACGGUUCGAGAUGGCUGGUCAGUAUCACUACACGAUGGAAACCCAAACCUGUGUCUGCGUACCGAUCGAAGAUGGGAUGGAUGUGCACAGUUCGACGCAGUGGGUCGAUCUGUGUCAGGUAGCGAUCGCUUCGAUGUUGAAAGUGCCCGAGAACAGCCUAAACUUUACGGUGCGCCGUCUGGGUGGUGGUUAUGGAUCGAAGAUUUCUCGUGCCGCUCAGAUCGCGUGUGCUUGCGCUUUGGCGGCCCAUCUGCAGAACCGCCCGGUACGGUUUGUGCUUACGAUCGAGACGAACAUGGGCUCGAUCGGUAAGCGGUACGGGUGCAUCAGUGACUAUGAGGUGGAUGUCGAAAGCAAUGGCCGUUUCGUGAAGCUCUCCAACAACUACAUGCAGGAUUACGGUGCAUCGCUGAACGAGGUGGUUGGUGGGGCGACGACGGAGUUUUUCAAAAACUGUUACGACACCAGCACGUGGAAGAUCGUUGGGAAGGCAGCCAGGACGGAUGCUCCGUCGAAUACGUGGUGCCGCGCUCCGGGUACCACCGAGGGAAUCGCCAUGAUUGAGAACAUCAUGGAGCACGUGGCUUGGGAGACGGGAAUGGAUCCGCUCGAGGUUCGGCUCGCCAACAUGCCGCAGGAUAGCAAAAUGCGUGAGCUGUUGCCCCAGUUUCGGCAGGAGGUUGAGUUCGAGCAGCGUAAAGCGGCGAUCGAACAGUUUAACGGUGAGAAUCGCUGGCGCAAACGUGGCAUAGCGAUCUCGGUGAUGCGCUAUCCGUUGGAUUACUUUGGGGCACUGCAUGCGCUGGUCAGUAUCUACGCCGGCGAUGGUUCAGUGUCGGUGACGCACGGUGGCAUCGAGAUGGGCCAGGGUAUGAACACCAAGGCAGCGCAGGUCGCGGCGUACGUUCUUGGCUUGCCGAUCGAGAAGAUUUCGAUAAAACCGAGCAGCAGCGUCACCUCACCGAAUGCCAUAGUAACGGGAGGCAGCAUGACCAGUGAAGCUGUUUGCUAUGCCGUCAAGAAGGCGUGUGAGAUAUUGCUGGAACGCAUCAAACCAGUGCGCGAUGCCCACAAGGACGCACCAUGGGAAACCGUGACGCAGCUUUGCUACGCAGAAAAUGUGGAUCUCUGUGCCACCUAUCAGUUCAAGGCGUCGGAGCUGAAACCGUACAUCAUCUGGGGGUUGAGCUGUGCGGAGACGGAGAUUGAUGUGCUGACCGGAAAUGUGCAGCUGCGGCGUGUCGAUAUCCUCGAAGAUACGGGUGAAAGUAUGAGCCCCGGGGUCGAUGUUGGUCAAAUCGAGGGUGCAUUCAUCAUGGGUGUCGGUUAUUGGCUAACGGAGGCGCUCGUUUACGAUGCGCAAGAUGGUGCGCUGCUUACCAAUCGUACCUGGACGUACAAACCACCGGGCGCUAAGGACAUUCCGGUCGAUUUCCGUAUUCGGUUUCUGCAGAAAAGCUCCAAUCCGGCCGGUGUGCUCCGCUCGAAGGCAACCGGUGAGCCGGCAUUAAACAUGUCGAUCGUGGUACUGUUUGCCCUGAGGAAUGCACUUCGUGCGGCACGGAAGGAUGCUGGUUUGGCGGAUGAUUGGUUGCCGAUGGGCACGGCCUCUACACCGGAUCAGGUGUACAUGCUGGCCGGGAACUCUAUCGAGCAGUACAAAUUGAACUAACGCGGCACGAUAAUCUAACUUUCAUUCUUCAUAUUCUGCAGGUGCUGGUUUCACGUUUAAGUUAAGGCACUCCAUGUUGGUACAAUUUAGUUAAGUGGACCAUUCAUAUGAAAUCGAGUCGAUCUUGAUAGCAUCACAAACCUCGAAAGAUGUAAAAGAGUCAGAAGAAAUUCUUGGUAAAUGUAUUGUUUUUUUUUAUCGAAUAUCGAAUAAACAGACACGUGGUGCUUUACACUUA